GUUUGUCUGUCUGUAGAGAUUGAUAUUGAAAUAGUUUAUUUUUCUUGACGAUCGAAGGCCCGAAGCAAACCCAAGGUUCACAUUUCGAUCGAGCGAGAGAGAGAUUUGUCGGAAUUCAACGUGAUCUUUAUUGAUCCAUCAACAUGAGUUUUCUAUUCGGCAAGAGGAAGACACCUGCAGAACUUCUACGGGAAAAUAAGAGGAUGUUGGACAAAUCUAUUAGAGAAAUAGAUCGGGAGAGGCAAGGCUUACAAGCACAAGAGAAGAAAUUGAUUGCAGAGAUAAAGAAAAGUGCCAAGCAAGGACAGAUGGGAGCUGUUAAGGUGAUGGCAAAAGACCUUAUUAGAACACGGCAUCAGGUCGAAAAGUUUUAUAAGCUGAAAUCUCAACUCCAGGGUGUAGCUCUUAGAAUUCAGACUUUGAAGUCAACACAAGCUAUGGGAGAGGCAAUGAAAGGUGUGACAAAGGCAAUGGGUCAGAUGAAUAGGCAGAUGAACUUGCCAUCGCUGCAGAAAAUAAUGCAAGAAUUUGAGAGGCAGAACGAGAAGAUGGAAAUGGUUACUGAGGUCAUGGGAGAUGCCAUUGAUGAUGCUUUGGAAGGGGACGAGGAAGAAGAAGAAACAGAAGAGCUAGUGAGUCAGGUUCUUGAUGAGAUCGGAAUUGAUAUAAAAUCAGAGCUUUUGAAUGCACCAUCAUCUGCUGUAGCUGCCCCAGCUGCAAAUAAUAAGGUUGCACAAGCUGAAGCAACAGGAAGUGAUGACACUGGGAUAGACAGUGAUUUACAAGCAAGGUUAAACAAUUUGAGAAAAAUGUAGUAUUUUACUUGAAAUACGAAAAAUUGGUAUGCGCUUGUAACUUGUGUGAAGACUUUGUCAAUUCAUGGUUUGGUACAGCUUAUAUAUUACAAUGAAACUACUUUUGAUGCUUCAUAUUA